GUCCCCCGCCCUGGACAGCACACUGCUGACACACACAGGGCAUCCCAUUGAAAGCCAGACAAGAUAGAAAGACAACCCACGUGCGACAGCAGUUAGCCGCCUGGAAAAUAAGAUUGGAGUGUAUUAUGCUCUCGAGGAAGCAACAGUGGGUCCGGGUUAGGGCCCCAGGCAUCACCCGCAGACGACCCACUAGGCGACAACAGGAUGCCAAAGAUGAUGAUGAUGAUUCGACGGCGGCGGCGGCGGCGGCAGCACCGCCGGUGAUGGGGGUCGGUGGCAUCGGCGAGGACUACGAUGAGCGGGGCCCAAGAAGCGUGUCUUUUGACAAGGCGGAGGCUCGUGUGAUGUUCGUCCCGACGAGGAGCGAGCUCAAGGCUCGCGACGAUCUCUGUCACCAACAAAGCCACCACCAGCAGCAUGAUCACCUGCACGGUUUAGGAGGGCGAGUCGAUUGCGACGGCGGCGAUGGCGGCGGCUGCAACGAGGGCAUUUGGUGGACGAGGAAGGACUGCGCGCGGUUCCGCAGGUCUUUUCGUCGUCAGUUGUGCGCCGAGAACCUCCAAGCUGAGCUGAAGUCGUUCCUGUGCCCUACCGAGUUGGUGUUCAGAGUCGGCCGUGGAGACGAGCUGCUCGAAGACGAGAUGAUGAUGCGGAAGAAGCAAGAAGAGGAGGACGACGCACGAAGGAGGGGAGAGAAUGGGGUUGUUGUUGGUGGUGCUGCCAGCGCUGGUGGUAACGAUUGCGGUGGUGGUAGCGGCGGCAGCAGGUCUCUGAUGGUCAGUGAAUCGACCGAAAGAGCUUCGGGCGCCGAGCGCGCGCCCGGACUCAGCGCCGUAGUUGCAAGACAAAACCGCAAACAAAUGACCACUCGAUCAGUCACAAAGCGCUCGAAAGCGCCGUGGUCUGGUGCAAGCACCUCACGUUCACGAGAAACGGCCUUGGUGGCGUACAUUAGGUUGGAGGUUUUCAAUCGGCCACAGCAGCGGCGGCAGCGCCGGUGGCGGCAGAGCUGCUGGCAAGUUUUUUUGGGUAUCAUGUGUUUGUUUGUGUUUUCUGGCUGCUGUUGGCAGUUUUUUUUAUUUUUCCCAAGAGGUGACGUCACGACCGUGGGUGACGUUAUCGGUUGGCCACGGAUUUGGCGACCACAUGAAAUUUCCUUUCAAAAAUAG